CCCCCACAGCCGGCGGGGGGCGCCGCGGGCCAGAGAGCGCAGCGCCGCCGCCGCCGCCGCCGCCGCUUCCACCACCGCCGCCAGCACCUCCGCCGCCGCCGGGAGCACAGCGCGCCGCGGGCUCCGCACACCGCCGGCUCCCGGCCACCCGCCAGCCCCGCCGCGGAGUCCCGCCGGCCCCGGGCCGCCGCCACCACGCCGCGCGCCGUACUCCGCGUCAAGAAUGGGGCGGCCAAGCUGCCCAAGCCGCCCGCCGCCGCCGCGGCCGAGGCGCCCGGCGCCGGGGCCGGCAUGGAGCGCUCGCAGAGCCGUCUCAGCCUGUCCGCCUCCUUCGAGGCGCUCGCCAUCUACUUCCCGUGCAUGAACUCCUUCGACGAUGAGGACGCGGGGGACAGCCGGAGGCUGAAGGGGGCCAUUCAGAGGAGCACGGAGACGGGCCUGGCGGUGGAGAUGCCCAGCCGGACGCUGCGCCAGACCAGCCAUGAGUCCAUCGAGGACAGCAUGAACAGCUACGGCUCGGAGGGCAACCUUAACUACGGGGGAGUCUGCCUGGCAUCGGAUGCACAGUUCAGUGACUUCCUGGGCAGCAUGGGGCCAGCGCAGUUUGUGGGCCGCCAGACCCUGGCCACCACACCGAUGGGGGACGUGGAGAUUGGCUUGCAGGAGCGGAAUGGUCAGCUCGAAGUGGACAUCAUCCAGGCGCGGGGACUGACAGCCAAGCCAGGCUCCAAGACACUGCCAGCGGCCUAUAUCAAGGCCUACCUGCUGGAGAAUGGCGUCUGCAUUGCCAAGAAGAAGACUAAAGUUGCUCGCAAAUCACUGGACCCACUGUAUAACCAGGUGCUGCUGUUUCCUGAGAGUCCCCAGGGCAAAGUCCUGCAGGUGAUCGUGUGGGGCAACUAUGGACGGAUGGAGCGGAAGCAGUUCAUGGGUGUGGCCCGCGUGCUGCUGGAGGAACUGGACUUGACCACCCUGGCCGUGGGCUGGUACAAGCUCUUCCCCACCUCCUCCAUGGUGGACCCAGCCACAGGCCCCCUGCUCCGGCAGGCAUCCCAGUUGUCCCUCGAGAGCACCGUGGGGCCCUGCAGUGAGCAAUCUUAGUGCCAGGAACGGGGAGGGGCUCCCUGAGAUGGCCUGGAGACCACCCAGCCCCGACCUGGGACCCCAGGCCCAGGGGCAUCUUGAACAGAGGAGGACGGGGUUCUCCCCCACGGUGGGGAAGCAGAACAGGGAGACCUACCCCCCUUGGACCCUCCUCACCCUUCUUUGCCUCCUAUCCCCUGAGACCUUUCCUUUCCCAGUGGGAUUGGCUGCACUUUUGACUUGGCCGGUUCUUGACCUGGUGGAUGUGGCUGCAAUCCGAAGAAGGGAAGACUGAGGUGGCAGAGCAAACCACUCUCCUGCCCCAGACACUAUCUGACUGCUCCCCUCUUUGCGUCCUCGGAAGCUCGCUCCCCGGAGCCAAGUCCAGAACCCAGCAGCCAUCUCCAUGGUGCCAACUACCAGCAAGUGUCUUUCCUGCGGCACCGGGUUCAGGCAGCUACACCUGCCCCAAAGCUGAUGGGGCAGCUUUGCAAGGAUCCGGAGCCAGCUCCGAGGGGCCCUGAGCCCCCCGCUGAAAGAGGAGCUCCGGUCUCCCUCCGCCUGCCCGUGGAAGAAGCUUUGCCGCAGCCUGUCCAAGUCCAUCUGUCUGUCCCCUCCUGCCCGCCUCUCUUCCAGUGGAAUUGGGGUCCAGCAGGGACCAAAGGAAAGGAGGAGGUGCCCAGGGCCUGGCACAGACCCCCGGGGUGCCUUGCUCUGUGCGAUUGAAACAAGUUGCUGUGGA